AUGUUCGCUACGAACUUCACCACUCUCGAUUCCCACACUCGAUUUUCAAGAGGUGAAGAUCACUUGACUCUAUUUGUACAAGAUCAAAUCACCACAACGGGUAAAAAUAUGAUCAAUGGAUUCUGUAAAACCUGCGGAACGUUGAUGUACAGGAAAUCAGAAGGAUUCCCAGGUACGAGGUUCUUGAGAGUUGGGACGGUCGAUGAUUUCAAAUUGUACGAUACGGUUUUGAGACCACAACACGAACAGUUUGUGGGAUGUAGAGUGAAUUGGUGGGGUGGUGUAGAUGGUGCUAAGAAGUAUGAGAAGAUGAUGGAGUGA